AUGGUUCUUUGUUUCCCAGGUCAACAAAUCCGAUGCGGGAUCCCAUCGGAUCCGAGACCGUCAGCAUCCAAUGCGAUUCCGUCACCAGGAUUUCAUCGGAUCCGUCGAAUUGCUAACUUUAUUUUUAUUCCGGGCUACAACAAUGGAGCUCAGCCAUAUGGAAAAUGGGCGGCUCGAGAUAUGACAGCAUAUAGUUCCUGGACAGUUAAUCAAAACUACAACUAUGAUAUUUACUUUGUAAAUCUUUACAUAAAUUUUAAAGGUCAACAUAUUCAAGCUUUACAAGGUUCUGAAGGUCUCGGUUAUAACUAUCCACGCAAUGCACUGACCUAUUCAUUUGGUUAUCCAUACAAUUUGCAAUACGGCCAAGUCAUGCAAUACUGUUCCGGUAAAGCUGCAGCUUCCAAAUAUGGCAAUGGCUUUAAUAGUCAAACCAUUCCAUGCGAUAUGACUGGUGGUUGCUCUGGUGGACCUUGGUUUCAAAGCUUUGUUACAACAACGGGUGUUGGUACUAUUACAUCAUUGAACAGCUUUAUCAUUAACAGUAUUGCUGACUACAUGAAUGGACCCUAUUUUGACUCAUCAAUUUGGUCACUCUAUCAGCAAUGUGCAACCAAAUAA